AUGUCUGUCAUCACACAGGCAUCGGCCAUGUUGGCCAAGAGAGCUGAUGGAUGUCCCGAUGGAUAUUACCGGUCUGGAAACUAUUGUUAUCGUGGAUCUGGAUGGUACUGGUGGGGAAGAUGGGUGCUGACCGCGCUUGUCCUGAUCGGAAUCAUCGUCAUCAUCAUGCUCAUCGCACGUACGAGCGCCCGCCGACGGAGGGCACGCGGCAUGACGCCAAUCUACGGCACUGGAUGGGUUGGUCCGAAGCCGACGGCGUACCAGAACAACCCGAACACCUACUACCCGCCUCCGCCUCAAUACAGCGCCAACCCCCAGCAGCCGCAGUACACUGGCACGACGUUCAACCCCAACGACGGCUACUACGGCGGCCAACAGUCCGGCGUUCAGCCUCCGGCCAACACAUACGCUCCCCCGCAACAUAACGCUACGCCUGCUGCCGGUGGCGAUAACUACGCCCCUCCUCCUGGCCCUCCCCCGGGAAAGUAA